AUGGCGACGGAAACACCAAACACCGCCGCGACCCCGCCGGCCGCCCCCGCCCAGGACAAGAAGCCCCAACAACCUCAAAAGAAGGACGAUGCGAAGAAGGACGCACCUGCCGAGGGAGGAGAGAAGAAGCUCAGCGGUGCCGAACUGAAGGCCAAGGCUAAGGCGGAGAAGGCAGCGCGGAGAGCAAAGGCCAAAGAGGCGCAACCCGCACCACCAGCGGGCCAGGGAGCCCAACAGAGCGGCGGCGGUGACGCGAAGGGAGGAAAGUCGAAACAGCGACAGGAUGGUCCGCAGGGCGUCGGCGGACCCGGUGCGAAGGGCGGUCUGGCGGGCAAGUCCGUUCCCGCGCCCCCGAAAGAGAACAAGCCCAAAGUCCCUGAGUGCUUCAGUCACCUGUCUAUGGCUAAGAGGAUACACAUGACGGAAGCCGACAAGGACGUUCACCCGGCUGUGUUGGCUCUGGGUCAGCAGAUGGCCGCGUUCGCGAUCAGUGAUAGUACCACGAGGUUGGAGGCGACUUUGCUGGCGUUCAAGAAGGUUAUCGACUCAUACACGACGCCUCCGGGCAACACUUUCUCCCGCCACUUCACAUCACACGUCCUGAACCCGCAGAUCGAGUACCUCUCGGCAUGCAGACCCAUGUGCUUCUCCAUGGGUAACGCCGUCCGCUGGCUCAAGCUCCAGGUCAGUAAGAUCGACAUCGACCUCCCCGACUUCGAGGCCAAGAAGCUCCUCUGCGAGUCCGUCGACAACUUCAUCCGCGAGCGCAUCACCCUCGCCGACUUCGUCAUCGUCAAGACCGCCGCCGACAGCAUCGAGGACGGCGAGGUCGUCCUCACAUACGCCCACCACCCCCUUGUCGAGCGCACCCUGCGCCAGGCCCACGCCGACGGCAAGCGCUUCUCCGUCACCAUCGUCGACGACCCCUUCGAGAGCACCGGCCGCGAGCUCGCAAAGAGUCUGCGUGCCCUGUCCGGCGGCGGUGUCGACGUUGCCUACUGCCCGGACCUGAGCGCCAUUCGCGCCCACCUCCAGGGUACUGCCCGCGUUCUUGUCGGCGCCGAGGCCAUGUUCAGUAACGGCGCCAUGUACGCCCGCGCCGGCACCAGCGACAUCGCCAUCGCGGCCGCCGAUCAGUCCAUCCGGGUCGUCGCCCUGUCCGAGACGAUCAACUUCACCGAGAGGGUCGCCAUGGACUCGCUCACCUUCAACGAGAUCGACCCGGAGCAGAUGACGGCCGAGAGCUUCCGCCUGCUGUUCGACACGACCCGGGACCGCCACAUCUCCGUCGUCGUCACGGAGCUGGGCAUUACAUCGCCCGUGUCUGUGCCGGCUAUUCUGAGAAAGCUGGAGGAGUUGUAA